AUGGCACAACAAGCGGCACAAGACGGCGAAGAGAUGCCAGCUUCUCGAUGCCUGUUCGAUGCGACCCAACCGCUAGACCGGCUUCGAGGCCUUCUCCUCGCCGACUAUUCUAAGCCUACGAAUGCCAAGCUCGAGACCGACCCUAUUUCCAGAACGAAUGUUCAACGCCGUCGAGCCUCAAGCGUCGCCACUUCCCUUGAACAAGAUGCGACUCUUCCCGAGAAGAUAUCCAUACAACAGGAACACGGGAUUGGUGUAUCUGAAUCCGCCGCCAGGGAUGAGACGGUUCUCUAUCUCGCGUACGGGUCAAACCUAGCUUCCAAGACUUUUCGUGAAGUGCGCGGCAUCAAACCACUCUCGCAGAUCUGUGUGCUCGUUCCCGAACUUCGUCUCACCUUCGAUCUUCCAGGAAUCCCGUAUGCAGAGCCGUGUUUCGCAGGCACAAAUUACAGGGAAAUUUCUCCUUUGGCAGAUGACGAGGUCGAACUCCAAGAUCACGAAACAGAUGCGGAUAGCGAGUAUCUGUCAGAGAAGGCAGCGCUCAUGGGUCGGACACAGCAGGUGGAGGCAGUCUCGGGUUGCGACAAGCGUCAAUGGCACAAACCUCUAGUCGGAGUCGUCUACGAAGUUACAUUGGCCGACUACGCGAAGAUCAUCGCCACAGAGGGCGGUGGUCGUGGAUACCGCGACUGUGUCAUCAACUGCCAUGCCUUCCCUCAACCCUACAACUCAUCCGACCCGGUCCCAGACUACCCCACCACACCAGCUUUCAAGGCACGCACCCUACUCUCACCAGCUGCGGAGAAUGCGCGCCUUGAAUCGCAAUCCCGGAAAGGCGAUACGACGGUGCUGCCCAGCCCAAAGCUGUCGUGGUGGUAUACGGUCUGCUUGCAUUUCCGGCCGGAUUCUGACUACGCUCAGCCCUCUGCCCGCUACCUUGGGUUGAUCAAGACUGGCGCUGCGGAACAUGAUCUUCCUGUUUCAUAUCAAAAAUAUCUUGCGCAGAUCAAGACUUAUCGUAUUACAACCGUGCGCCAAAAGAUCGGGAAGGUGAUCUUCCUGGCCAUGUGGGCGCCUUUGUUGAUUGUGACUUUGGUUUUAUCCAGAAUAUGUGCAGGUCCUGAUGGUCGUAUUCCGCCAUGGCUGGUGGCUGUGGCUAAUAUCACGUUUUCAGGUGUGUGGAAUAGCUAUGAUCGUUUCUUCGCUCCUGUCUUUGGGGAUGGCGAGCGGACUCUAGAUGAUACCUCGGCCUGA